AUGGAGGCGGGGACGCCGGGGGGAGUCAGUGUCCAAGAUGAGGCUGUGGACAAAAGCAACUUUAAGAAAUGCAACCAGAUUGCUUUUUACAGGCGUCAGAAACUUUUACGUCCUGGAAAAUCCCUGUAUCGAGUUUUGUUGGAUUCAGUCACAUUAAGUGAUGAGAAUGUCAAAUUCCAAAUCAUUCACGAGGAGAAUAAGGUUCUUCUACAAGUAGAAAUUUAUGAAAUAGAAGGCAAUAUUUUCAGGCUUAAGAUUGAUGAGGCAUCUCCUCUCAAAGCAAGAUACAAAGUUCCUGAUGUUCUUAUAAAGGAGCCUACCACCCAGAGACUGUUCCUAUCCCACAAGGAGGCAGGUAUUUUGGUACUGUCAAGUGUUAAUGAGGACUACAAACUUCGAGUCACAGCAAACCCCUUCCAAGUUGAGCUGCAGUCCCAGGGUGAGACUGUUAUGAGUGUGAAUUCCAAUGGUUUGUUGUAUUUUGAGCACCUACAACCACCUCCCAGUGACAGAAAACCUACAGCACAAAACGAGGAGGCAGCAAGUGAUUCCUCUAAGGAAAGACAAGAAGAUCUAGGUCUCUGGCAAGAGAAAUUUGGCAGUUUCUUGGACAUCAAAGCUCAUGGUCCUACUUCUGUAGGCAUGGACUUCUCUUUACAUGGAUAUGACCAUGUUUAUGGAAUACCACAACACACAGAAACACUUCUUCUCAAAAACACCAGUGAUGGUGAUGCCUACCGGCUUUAUAAUUUGGAUAUUUUCGGCCACAAGAUACAUGACAAAAUAGGUAUUUAUGGUUCAGUACCCCUUCUCUUAGCACACAAGCCUAACAGAACUUCAGGGAUCUUCUGGCUGAACUCUUCAGAAACACUGGUGGAUAUUAGUACAAAGGCAGUAGCUGAGCACACUCCAUCCAGAUGUGCUGCAGAAACUGCUAAGCAGAGAGCAGUGCCUCUAACUGAUGUUCGCUGGAUGUCAGAAAGUGGGAUCAUUGAUGUUUUCCUGCUGAUGGGACCCACUGCAUUUGAUAUCUUCAAGCAGUUUGCACAACUGACAGGCACUCAAGCCUUGCCCCCACUUUUUUCUCUGGGCUACCAUCAGUGCAGGUGGAAUUAUGAGGAUGAACAAGAUGUCAAGGCAGUGGAUGCUGGCUUUGAUGCACAUGAUAUUCCUUAUGAUGUCAUAUGGCUGGAUAUAGAGCACACAGAUGGCAAGAGGUAUUUUACUUGGGACAAAAAGAAAUUUCAGAACCCCAGAAAGAUGCAAGAACACCUCAGGAAGAAAAAACGCAAGCUUGUGGUCAUCGUAGAUCCUCAUAUUAAGAUUGAUCCCUCAUAUGCCCUGUAUGCACAGGCAAAAGAAAAGGGAUAUUUUGUGAAAGACAGAAAUGGGCAAGAUUUUGAGGGCAUCUGUUGGCCAGGUUCCUCUUGUUACCCGGAUUUCACCAAUCCUGAAGUGCGAAAAUGGUACGCAGAUCAAUUUGCCUUCAAAACAUACAAGGGAUCCACUAAUAUCCUCUUUGUGUGGAAUGAUAUGAAUGAGCCUUCGGUCUUCAAGGGGGCAGAACUAACAAUGCAGAAAGAUGCUGUGCACUACAACAACUGGGAGCAUCGGGAAGUACACAACCUCUAUGGAUUCUACCAGCAAAUGGCAACUGCAGAAGGACUCAUCAGACGUUCUUCGGGAAAAGAGAGACCGUUUGUCCUCACACGAUCUUUCUUUGCUGGAUCACAGAAGUAUGGGGCAGUGUGGACUGGAGACAACACAGCAGAGUGGAGUUACUUGAAAAUAUCCAUUCCAAUGCUUCUUACCAUCAACAUGGCAGGGAUUUCCUUCUGUGGAGCUGAUGUGGGAGGGUUUAUUGGAGAUCCAGAGCCAGAGUUACUUGUUCGCUGGUAUCAGGCGGGAGCCUACCAGCCCUUCUUCAGAGGUCACUCUAACAUGGAGAGCAAACGGCGUGAACCGUGGCUCUUUGGGGAGAAGAACACCCAGAUCAUCAGGAGAGCCAUUAGAGAGCGCUACGUCCUCCUGCCCUACUUAUACACUCUGUUCUAUCGGGCACACACGGCGGCUGAACCCGUCAUGAGGUCUCUCUGGAUAGAGUUUCCAGGGAAAAUGGAAACUUUUGAUGUGGAAAAUGAGUACAUGCUGGGAAAUGCUUUGUUGAUACAUCCAGUCACAGAGAAAGAGGCCAAGACAGUGACAGUUCUGUUUCCAGGGUCAGAGGAGAUUUGGUAUGAUUACAGAAAAUUUAAGCGAAUGGAAGAUGCGGGCACAGUGAAGAUCCCAGUAACACUGGAGAAUAUUCCUGUAUUCCAGCGGGGGGGUACUGUGAUACCUCUGAAGACCUCAGCUGGAAAAUCCACUGAAUGGAUGAUAGAUAUUUCUUAUGAACUCCACGUGGCCUUAGAUGCAGAGGCCUGUGCCAUAGGUGAGCUCUACAUAGAUGAUGGGCAUUCAUUUCAAUAUCUCCACAAGAAGCAGUUCCUGUAUCGGAAAUUCACUUUCCACAAGAACAUUCUCUCUUCCAGCCGCGUAGAUGAAAGCGGACAAUACCACACUACAUGUGUAGUUGAACGGGUGAUAAUUCUGGGAUUUGGAAAGCAACCCACUUCUGUGACAGCCAGUGCCAAGGAUGGAAAAAAAAAAGAAGUGGUUUUCACAUAUGAUACAAAGACCUUCGCACUGAUGCUGGAAAACUUAGCCCUGAGUGUUGAUCCUGACUGGGAGAUCUGUAUCAGCUGAAAGAAGAUGCAACUUCUUCAGAGAAACUGUCCAUUGAGAGGCUGAGGAGAAAUAAACUGAGGACUUCAGAUGUUCACUUGAUUCCAAUUAAAUCAACAAACAUAUUUUCCACCAACACAUCCAAACUAACAUUUCUUACAGUUUUUCUUUUAAAGCACCAAUUUGGACUUGGAUAAAUUUUCUGUUCAGCAAAAGUAAUAGCACUAGGAUUGUAUAUUUGGGGAAAUAAGCUAAAUACUAUUUGCAUUAGGCUUGUUUCUGUUAAGCAUUAAGCUUCAGUUCUGCCUUCACUUACAAUAAAAAAUUAUGAGUUGGUGGGGUGAGAUUGUGGCUUGUUGGCACAGGCCUUAAUGUAAGUAUUUGAAAAUCACACUGUUCAGAGGCUGUUGCACUUGAGGAGAUCUGGGCCAGUGCAACAAGCAGCAUCAGCAGGUAUGGCAGACACAGAGGUUAUCACCAGAGUUCUGCCUGCCAGCUGCCUUCUGAAAACAAACGCAGAAGGAGCCACCCAGUGUGAUCACAGACACUUCUGCUUUCCAGUCCUUAUGGCAACGCAAAAUUAGCUGGUCUGCACGGGAAAGUAAACAGCAGGCUGGCCAAAGAGCUCAGGCACUGCAGGUGAGGGUUGGGUAGCUUGUGCCAUUCGUUUGUGCAAUAACAGAAGACAGUAAUGUGGCGGUGCAGAAGGCUCCCUAACAGCCAGCUUUGAAACUUGGAUUUCAAAAGGGCACAGGUACUACUUUAGAAAAAAGUUUUCUGUUAGAAAAGAAUUGGUAUUGAUGAUUGAAUGCCAUUGAUUAAAGGCAGCCCAGUGAAGGACCUAUGCUUUCCCAGAUCUUCCAAGUCCUGCCAAGUUUUGGCUUCCUUUAGAAAAGUUUUAGUCCUGUCGCUUUUUAGUAUCUGGCUGAGAUUUGAGCUAGGCAUUUAUGAAGCAGAAUUUAAUUUUAACGGGAUUAAUUCACUGUGCAGGCAUCCCACUUUCUCUUACAACUCAGCCUAAUGUUCCCUUGCCUUCUUUUCCCACUAUCUCUGCGAACAGAACUGGUAUGUUUUGAUGCUUGCUUUGCUUGCAAACAGAGACAUCCUGAGUCUCACAUCCAUUACAUCCUGCCUGUUCCCUCAGGCUUUUCCAUCUUAGGCAUCUCUUUUCACAGGCUGCCAUUGCUCCACAGAAUUUGUUUACCUUUCUAUUUGCUAAACUUGUCAGCUAUAUUAUUUUCAAACCAGUUCUGCUUUGAGUCAAAUCUGAACAUGCCAUCAGUUGGGUUUCUGGUUUUUCUGGAUUUCUAGUUAAUUUUAUUCCUUUUAGUAAGAUAAGGAAGUAUUUUCUAAAGACAUGAUAAAUUAACUCAUAGGAAACAGAAGGAUGGUCACCAUUUUUGCCAGCUGAAGGUAACAUAACAUUACUAAUCCCCCCUGUCAUUCCCACCUGCUGCUGUUUGUCCUCUGUAGGGCAGAUUGCUGGGAGCAGCAAGCAUGAGAGCAAACUGUGAGUGCUCUUGACUACUCAAGUGUAGUUUGUUCCCCACCAGACCCUUAGCUCCCUUCUUUUAUAUUCUGCAGAGCUAUUUGCCAGCACCUUCCAGGAGACAGUGUGAGCCUCCACUCCAGGAACUGGCAGUAUGAAUACUGUUGUGCUUAAGGCAAAUGUGCUAAUCCGGGUAGAACAGCAGCAAACAAGAUCUUUUGCAUCUGUGAAAAGAGAGACAGACCCUAUUUUUCUGUCAACUUCCAAGCUUUGAUUGAUGAUUUCUUACUGUGUUUAAGUAUAGCAGUGCUUCUGACAAGAUAUAGUUAUCGUCUUGGGUAAUUUAAUAAAAUAUUUUAACUGCUAUUUCUCAAAUUGGAAAGUGAAAUAAAGUAACAAUGAAGCAAGUUACAUGCCUUUUUCCUUCCAACCUUCUUUCUACUGCUAAGAAUCACUAGUGAGUAUUCUUCCAAGGGUAACUGGUGAAUGUGAAUUGACUUGCCUUUAUUCUCUGGCCCUCAGUAAGAUAUCUGCACUGAUAAGUACUGAUGGGUCAGAUUUUCAGUGGUAUGAAGUUCCUAACAUCUAUGGAUUUCAGUAGAAAUUAGUUGCUGAAAAUCUUAAGAGUUGGGUCUUUAGAUCUGAUAAAUUUCAAAGAAUAUUAUUUACAUUGCUGUUUGUAGUAACUCACAUAUUUUUUCACGUAUUUAUGCCAUAAAUGAAUAAAUAAAUUUUUAGUAUAUCGUUAUUAAAACAAUAGUUCUAUUAGUGAAAACAACUGGAGAGAAAACUCCAUACAAAUUAAAUAGCAACAUUAACAUUUUAGAUUAAUUCACUAAUUCAUUGCUACUGUUGAACAGGUCAGCUCUUUGAGUACUUCUGCUUACAGGAAAUUCCAUCACAUACAGGAUUUAAUUCCUGAGUAUUUGUUUUGCUGUUAGUAUUAGACAGCACAUCCAUUGUCCUCUAUGGAAAAUUGUGUUUAUUUAAAGACACCAUUUGUCUUUUAUUAGCAGCUCCUGUAAAAAAGGCCAAAAUCCUACAUAACAAACUUAUCUUUCCAGUAUGAAAUAAGAAAAGGAAAAAUUGUAUUUUAAACAGGUGUAACUCCUGAACAUGUCUAAAGAGCAGCAUUGGUGUAGAAGUGAGAAGUGCAUGUCCACCUGCCAUUCCAUAUGCAGGCACUGGCUGAUCUGUUAGCUCUAGCAGUAGCAGCAGGUCAUACCC